UCCUCAUUUUAUUCAUCCUCUUGUUCUUCCUUGGAUUAUUUCCAAUUCUUUGUCAUUAGAGUACUCAGAAAGAUCUUGUUGCUCAAUCAGUUACAGGACCAACGGCAGUUUUUGAUACCCUAUGCAAAGUCAGUAUACUAUCCGUGUCUCAACAUUUUGUAUAUUGUUCCACGUUGCAUAAUGCACAGAAACUCCUUCAAAUUUGGUUCCUUUCAUCAACAUAGCUUCUACACUACCCUUACCCUUAUCUCCAAUGAAUUCAACCCUCAAUUUCAGCUUUCUUCGCUUCAGUGUGGUUCUAUUUUGCAGUCUCUAACGAAGUCCAAAUCUUUAAAGCGGGGUGAAACGUUUCAUGCCCAGAUGCUUUCUUCUGGUAUUCUUGUAGAUAACACAUACUUAAGCACUAAACUUGCUGCAUUUUAUGCUAAUUGUGGACAAAUGGAAAAAGCCCAGAUAAUUUAUGAUCAAAUACUGUUUAAGAACUCCUUUUUGUGGAAUUACAUGAUUAGGGGCUAUACAAACAGUGGUCUGCCUCUUAAGGCUAUGAUUUUAUAUCGAAAAAUGGUGAGUUUAGGCAUUAAACCUGAUAAUUAUACAUACCCAUUUGUUAUUAAGGCUUGUGGUGAUUCUUUGCUUGUUAAGUUUGGUCCUCUUAUUCAUGCUGAGGUUGUGAUUAGUGGGUUUGAGUCUGAUAUUUAUGUGGGUAAUUGUCUCCUGUCAAUGUAUUUGAAAUUUGGGGAGACCAAAGUUGCACAAUUAGUGUUUGAUAGAAUGUCUCAAAGAGAUUUAACUUCUUGGAAUACAAUGAUCACUGGAUAUGCCAAGAAUGGUCACUGUAGAGAGGCUUUAAUACUUUUUCAGUUAUUAUUGGAAUCUCAAUCAAUUGUGGAUUCCACUACUUUGCUUGGCCUUCUUUUAGCUUGUUCUGAUUUGCAGAUAGUUGAGAAAGGAAAAGAAAUACAUGGGUACAUUGUGCGGUAUAGGAUGUUUGGUUCUAACAUAUUUUUGACCAAUUCUCUUGUUGAGUUGUACUGUAAGUGCAAGGCAAUGUUGUAUGCGAGGCGGUUAUUUAUGAUCUCAUUAAAGGAUUCUGUUACAUGGAACACAAUGAUUUCAGGUUAUGUACAUAUAGGUGAAGUGUUUGAAGGUUUAAGACUAUUUUGCCAAAUGGUUUCAUAUGGUGAACAACCGGACUUAGCGACAAUCAUUGUUGUGGUUGGAGCUUGUGAAAAGGUCACAGCCAUUGACUUUGGCAUGUCUAUUCACUCUUAUCUUCUUAAGAAAGGGUUUGAUUCUAGCACUAUGGCUGCAACUGCUCUCAUAGGCAUGUAUGCACAAUGUGGUCGGCUGCCUUCUUCACUCCGUGUUUUUAAUGAGAUAGCAGAUAAGACUUUGGUGUCUUGGACUGCUAUGAUUUCAGCAUACGGAAUUCAUGGGAUGGGAGAGGAAGCUAUUUCAAAGUUUUACCAAAUGGUGGCAAAAGGCAUUAUUCCUGAUGAGGGUGCCUUUACUUCCGUUUUGACUGCAUGUAGCCACACAGGACUUGUUGAGGAUGGGAGAGAAAUUUUUCAUCAAAUGCAGAGUAAGUAUAAUAUGCAGCCUGGACUGGCUCAUUAUGCCUGCUUGGUGGACCUUCUUAGCAGAGCAGGACAUUUGGAGGAAGCAUAUGAUAUUCUUAACAAUAUGACAGUGGAACCGCCAGUUGAUGCAUGGAUCUCCCUACUGUCUGGCUGUAGGCUUCAUGGGAACGUUAGUCUCGCUGAGUUGUGUGCUCAACAUGCGUUCAAAGGAAAUCCCAAUAGAAUAAGUCCAUACAUUUCCCUAUCACAUACUUAUGCAAAUGAGGAAAGGUGGUUCGAUGUAGAAAAGUUAAGAGGCAUAGCACAAAGUAAAAGAUUAGCUAUGCCCAAAGGUUACAGCUCUAUUGAAUAAUUUACAAAUUAUAUAUAUAGUGCAGUUUCCUAGAUGAAGCCGAGAAUCCAAAUAGAGUGCAGGUAAGUGAAUGACUCUCGACCAUCUUGAAAGGCGAGGCAAAUUACUGGGUGAACUUGAUAGUGGUUGCCUGACCUUGAUAAUUGUGCCUUACUGGGCAUUGUAUGAAAUGAUUAUGGAGUUCAGUAACCUAUAGCCACUAGCUGUAUGUGUGCUAGCCGCUAAGUAAGACUGACUACAUAAUAAUAUAGAAGUAGCAAAGAUAAUGGAUGAACAAUAUUGAAAAUAUGAUAAUGAUCAUCUGUUUAUUGGUUGAAGAAGUUCAACAUGUUUAAGCUUUGAACUUCAGAAGAACAGUGUAUUUUUACCAACACAGCUACAGACGGACAGAAGAUUUCGAUAGAUGCAUAUCUUCUCAGAGAUUAUUUUUUUUUUGACAGCAUCCUUAGAAGUAAGUGCACAUCCUUAGCAGUAGCCGCAGCACCAACAAACAUAACGGAAACAACUGAACACCCAGUGAUGAUUAUACCACAGGUACUUUCAGCAUAUCCUUGUUAGCUUGAAUGUCUCUAUUUGUCAAAUGCCAUGGACUUCAAUUCUGUAUAGAAGCUUCUCAACCUUGUACUUACAUAUCGACGUCAGUGUUGAAGGUAAUAGCUCCAUUGGUUUGGUUCCUCAAGAAGAAUGACCAAUGGAAUCUUCGGCUUUGAUUGCUCCAAUGGAAUGACUUGCGUUCCAUUAUUUUUCAGAAUUUGGACAGUACACCUACAAAAAAUCACCAGAAUUUUCAACCAUGAUAGCUUGAUGUUACAUUUUGAUGGUUGAGCUGGAAACUUGAUCAGCACAAAAAUUUUCUUCACAAAUGUCUGGAAUACUCCAAAGCUCCGCCCAUUUAGAGGCUGAUUGCACGAACAAAAAUGUCAAGCCAUAGAUCUUCAGUAUCUCUAUUAAUUCUGUUUGGCAUAGCAUUUAGCAGCAUUUGAUUAUAAACCUUUAGGAUCAUAAAUUCAAAAUGGGAUUUGCUUUUGAACCUGCAAGUUUAAAUACUUCUCUCCAGUUUGCACGUAAGACUUGUAAAUAUUGUCCAACUGCUAAAUGUGCACCACAAUUUCAGGUGAAAUAAAUUGCUCUUUUUAGAAUGAUGCUUUUUCUAAGUUUUUUAAAGGUUGGCGGUGACUAUGUGCAGUUGGUAUAGCUGUAUAUGUCUGUGUAGCUACAAAAAGGAAUUGGCAUUGUUUUGAACCUUCGAAUCUUGUAUAGGUUUCCAAAUUCCAAUUUUCCAUAGAGGCUCUUAUGUAGCCAGCAAUUGGUAUGCAAGUUUCACAUGGCCAGAAUAUCUGUCAAAACUGUAUGUUAUAAUUGUUAUUUGAUAUUGCAGAGAAUCAAUUAAUAUAUCAAGAUUUCAUGUGCUCACCUGUUGCACACUGUCCAUAAUCAGGCUGUUCAUAGUAUCUCAUCUCAUGACAUGCAACGUCCAAAACCCCAUAUUGUUGAGAGAGCACCCUUGCUAAUGUUGGAAAUCCACCUGUCUCAAGUUUUAUCCAGUGCCAUAAAUACUUUUUGCUUCUUCCAGGAUCUGGUUGUUUAAAUACCAAGUUAAGAAGAUUUUCCAUGAUCAUUGAGGACUAUGAAUAUCUGUUACAGUGUGGAAUGAUGAAGAGUGACCUCAAAAUUAUAGCGUGGAAUGCUAGGGAAAUAAAUUAGCUUUGUUGAUAAAGUGAGGCAUCUAGUAACCACCCACAAGCCUUCUAGACCCUGCAUCUCUGAAACCCGAUCCUUUCCUUCGUGUCUAUAUCGAGGGACCUUCACUCCAUUCAUGGCUACUUCCAGGUAAACAAAAAUGCUGCCCCUUAUCGCAACAAGUGCAUAGAAAAUUGGGGAAGAUAUUUGCACUUUAUUUGGUGCGGAUAGAGCCGUCGGGGAUGGUGCAGAACAAUACGAGGAGGCAGUGGAUGCCAUGGAGGGGGAGACGAUCUGUGAACGAACAAGCUCUUCUAAGGAUCCAACUAAUUCAAGCUCUCGUAAGCGGAAAAAGGAUAGUGUAGCUGAUGCGGUAAAUAGUUUUGCCGAGUCAUUUAGAGAGUACGUGCAAAGCAAGAUUAUAGACGCUCCGAAACUCACUUGUCAAGAGAUUCACGCUGUUGUUUCUCAAGUGCUUGGCAUUUUUAGGAUUCAGACAAUGCGGGCAGUAAAGAAGUUUAUGAAUGGUAAUCCCGACGAGUUUCUAAUGUUGAAAGAACUACUGGAGGAUGAGAAACUCGACUGGAUACUCUUGUGCCUUGACAAGUAGUUUGAACAUUACACUUUUGAUAUUCUAUGUUAAGAUAACUUUUAAUGUGACAAUUUCGGAUUAUUGUAAUAUCAUAAUACAUUUUAUUUGCUAAUAUUUAAUAUUUUUGGUUGAAUGUAAUUACAAGGUUAUCCAAACAAUGCUAUAGAAUUUAAAUUUGGGAAUUCAAUUCCAAUAUUUUUCCAAAAAACUAUGUGGAUUUGAAAUAUAGGAAUUUAAUUCUUUGAUUUCCAAACGAGAUUGAGGAAUUGGAAUUGGAAUUUAAAUCCAUAAUUUCAAUUUCUUGAAUUGAAUUACAAAAAUUCAAAUGAAAUUCGUGUUUCCAAACGCUACCUAAGGUUAAUUGAUCCUUAAGAUCCUUUAACUCUGGUUCACAUAUUUGGAAUUCUAUAGGGAGAGUGUGGAACCUAUAAACAGACAACGGUGUGUUGGAAUAUUGGAGCAAAUUCAUGCCUUUUCUUUUGGUUUGAUGACUGGUCAGAGAAUGGUUCUAUUAGGAGUCUAAUUGCAGGACCUUUACAAAAGGAAUAGAGUUCUCUUGUAGUUAAAGACAUCACCAAGGAAAGUUUUAUGAAUCUUAGCCUCUUAUCCUUGUCCCUCAACAUGACUUCUUCCAUUCUUUCUAUUGUCAUCCCUAAAUUAGGUCCUAAUCUGAUGGUGUGCAAAUACGCAUCAGGAAAGUUUUUCAACUCCCACUCCUUACAUAAUCUCCCGCCUUCCCCUAAGAUUUAUCAACCUGCUCUUGAUGACCCAAUCUGGAAAAUCAUUAAGGAAGUCUCUACCAACCAAAAUCAAAUUUAUCCUACGGAUGGUAGCUUGGGAUAUUCUCCCUAUGAGAAACACUAUCUCAAGUAGGAUACCUUCAAGCUCUCUAGGACAUUGUCUGCCUCUUCCCAGAGGAAUCUGUAAUUCAUAGUCUCUGCAACUGUUAUGCAGCCAAGGGUUUUGGCUAAUUUGUUACUGUGGAAUAGAACUUUGUUCUUUUGAAGGGGACUUGAUCCCUUGGCUAACCUCCAACCUUGAGUCUACAAAGACCCAUGACACCACUCCUUGGCCAACGACCUUAUCCUUCCUUCUUUGGAAUUGGUGUCGUGCAAGGAAUGAUCUUUGUUCUAAAGGUCAUGAAAAAUGUGUAAGUCAGUGGUUAAGUUAGCCUUGAAUGAGUACAUCUUCUUUUCACUCUUCCUACUUUUCACUCUUUUCACUCACCGUUUUUCUCACGGUCCACCUUCAACCUGGCUUUUAAAAGUUGACGCUGCCUUUGAGGAGAGUAGCAAGACUGCUUCUCUAAGCAUCUAUGCAAUCUCUCUAAAUUUAACAUCCUCUUAUGCUAUUAGUGCUAAGUCCUUAACGAGAGAUGCAAAUGAUAUCCUUUUAA